AUAAAAUGAAAGAUAGAAAAUUAAGAAUGAGAGAGAGAGAGAGAGAAAAAUAUCAUUGCUGUUUUGAUUUCUGACCAGACAAGAAAACUCCUACAGUAUUUCCACCUCAUUCUCACUAAUCUCCCUCCCCAUAAAUAAGCACAAACACAAAAGAAAAAAUUGAAACUACCCAUUCAUAAUCUUGUUUCUUGGUUUCCACAUAUGGCAGAUCCAAGUUUCUUUGUUGGAGUCAUAGAUGGAGUUUUCUUAUAUGGUCUUUUUCUUUGUUUUCUAUAAAUAUAUAUAUAGGUAACAUCAUCUCAAUUCUCAUGUUUCUUUCUCCUGUACCAACAUUUUGGAGAAUAAUAAAGCAUAGAUCUACAGAAGAUUUCUCUAGUUUUCCUUUCAUAUGCACAUUGCUUAAUUCCUCUUUAUGGACUUACUAUGGAACCAUUAAAGCUGGAGAAUACCUUGUGGCCACUGUUAAUGGCUUUGGCAUCUUGGUGGAGACUAUCUAUAUUCUUCUUUUUCUCAUUUAUGCACCACAAAAAAUGAGGGUUAAGACUGCAAUUUUGGUUGGAAUUUUGGAUGUGGGAAUUUUAGCAGCAGCAGUAGUAGCAACUCAGUUAGCCUUAGAAGGAGAAGCUCGUAGUGGUGCUGUUGGAAUCAUGGGUGCAGCUUUGAACAUUCUUAUGUAUGCUUCACCUCUUGCUGUAAUGAAAACAGUGGUGACGACAAAAAGUGUGGAAUACUUACCAUUCCUUCUUUCUUUUUUCUUCUUCUUAAACGGCGGCGUUUGGUUGCUAUAUGCUGUUCUUGUUCGUGAUAUUAUUCUUGGGAUACCAAACGGUACAGGAUUUGUACUUGGAGCUAUGCAGUUGGUGUUGUAUGGGGUCUACAGAAAUGGAAAACAAUCGAAGCAUGUUUCAAACAGAUUGGAAGAGGGAUGUCAACAACAUGAGCAUCUCAUCUCAUCAUCCUCAACUCAUGAUGAGUCACGUGAUAGAGAAAAUGAGCCUAUCGAGUAGUUUUGCUUUCACGUUUCAAAACUAUUGCUCAAUGAAUUUUCAAUUGGUUAGUCCAUGAGAGUGUAGAGUGUUGUAGUAUAGUGUUUCAAAAGAUUGGUGAGAGAGUAAUGUUCUUGCUUUUCAAAUUUGCAAAACAAAUUGACAUUGAAAUUGAAAAUACAAAAAUAAAUGUUUGAUAAGUGCAACUAAAACAACUCAAUUAACUCGAGGGUUUUCUGA